AUGGCCAAAUUGGAUAGCUCGGUGACCGAAUUUGCUCUGUCGGAUGUUGGCACCUUUGAGAAGGAUCACAAGAAUGUAGUUGCUGAAGCAACCCCCAAGAUUGCCUCUUUAUUCCUGCUUCUAACAUUGAAAAAGGACAAACAGGGUGAUGACUCUGGAACCCUUGUUGAAGAUGAAUCAGGCUUUAAAACUGCUUCUGAAAAAGAAUUCCCUUAUGAUGAUACUAUUGAGAACUCUCCUGCAGAUGAAGACAAACAGACUGAAGUUGAAACUGAUCCUGAAGAAGACCCCUAUGUUGAGAAGGAUAAGGAGGAUGUGGUGAAUGAUGACGACAUUGACUCUGAUGAUGUUCCUAUGGGCGAAAGAUAUGGUGAAAGUGUUGCCAAGAGGUUAAGAGGCUGGAGCAAGGUGAAGGUAAAGACUACUGCUGGAAGGUCAAGGAAGAGGAAAGGUAUCUUUUCUAGUGAAUCUGAGUAUAGUGUUGAGGAGGAUGUUCUAAACAUCAUCUCAUCUACAUCAAAGAAGUCUGUUAGGAAGAAGCUGGCCCUAGAAGAUGAUGCGGAUGAGCAGGAAGGUAAUGAGGAAGAAGAAGCAGAGGAUGCUGGUAGUGAGGAAGAAGAAGAAACAGAAGAUGCUGACAAUAAGAAUGAAGAGGAAGCCUCUGAUAGUAGCCCUGAUGCUGUUUGA